AUGGAUUACCACCGCAACUACCGUCCCUGUCCUACCUUUUUCGUUGAAGAAGACUAUGGCAUGGAGAGUCGGUUGAGACAAGAGCGGCAGGCGAAGCAGGCCCAUGACAAACAGUUGGCGCGUGAGCGUCAGUUUGUUAUGGCAGAUGAGCUGUCGACUCUCACUAGUGAGCAGCUCCGGGACGAUGUCCUCAGUCACAUGUUGGAGAUGGAUAGCCAAACCGUGCCUGAUGUUGAGUCGAUUGACAUCCAGACUGAGAUUCAGUGGUUCAUGCGACCGUACCUUCUUGACUUCUUGAUUGAGGCUCACACUGCGUUCCAGCUGCUGCCCUCCACUCUGUUCCUGGCGAUCAACCUUUUGGACCGAUACUGCUCCAAGCGUGUUGUCUACAAGCGUCACUACCAGCUGGUUGGCUGUGCGGCUCUGCUCAUUGCGGCCAAGUACAACGACAAGAAGGAUCGCGUUCCCACAAUCAAGGAAUUGAAGUCGAUGUGUUGUUCGCUCUACGAUGAUGACAUGUUCACUCAGAUGGAGUGGCACGUUCUUCAGACUCUUGGUUGGUCCAUCGGCCAUCCCACUGUGGAUGCCUUUUUGCAGCACGCUGUUUUGGACGAUCCUUACGAUCCUGAGGUGGAACACAUGGCUCUCUACAUCCUUGAGAUUGCCUUGUUCCACCGGGACUUCGUGGCCAAGCUGUCAUCCGAGCUUGCUCGCGCCGCCCUCGCGUUGGCUCGCUGCGUUCUUAACCGACCGCAGCCUCGUCACACGCAUUGGGCGUCGCAGUAUGACUCGAUGACUCUUGUCGCCUUGUCCCAACAGUUGCACCAACCGUCGACCGUUGUCUCCCGCAAAUACGCCUCAGCUCACUACUCCCGUGUCUCCAAGAUCAUGGAACACUUCCUCAGCCGCCAGGCUUCGAUGGCGUCAUAUGCCCGUUGCACCCCGCCGGUGGACAUUCCUAUGGAAUCCAAGCCGUACAAUGGGGAAAUCGGUCUUGCGACCCCUCAGAAGUCUCAGCAGUUGACAGCGGUCCAUCACGGGUACCUAACGCCUCCCAUCACUCCGGACAAUUUGGGACUCUUGCAUGUGCAUCAUUCCGAUGUCCCUAUGGCGAACCACGAUCUGUCUAACAAGAUGUCGGUUGGCCACCUUGGUUGCUCCCCUUCCCCGGGCCCAUCCGCUGAGAUGCGAUACAUGAACAGUGAAGCAUAUCAGCAACAGCAGGAGGCUAUGUACAUGGCUCAACAAGCAGUGCCCCAGCAGUUCCCUUCGGCACCCACCCACAUGGGAAUGACUCAGACCUAUCAGGGUGGGAUGUAA